AUGACCGAUUCAAAAUAUUUCACAACCACCAAAAAAGGUGAAAUAUUUGAACUGAAAAAUGAAUUGAAUUCGGACAAGAAGGAAAAGAAAAGAGAAGCAGUGAAGAAAGUUAUUGCAAGUAUGACUGUCGGUAAAGAUGUCAGCGCACUAUUUCCGGAUGUGGUGAAUUGUAUGCAAACGGACAAUGUUGAGCUGAAGAAGCUAGUUUAUCUCUAUUUGAUGAAUUAUGCCAAAAGUCAACCAGAUCUUGCAAUUAUGGCGGUUAAUACAUUUGUGAAAGAUUGUGAGGAUCCAAAUCCGCUUAUUCGAGCAUUAGCUGUACGGACGAUGGGUUGUAUACGAGUUGAUAAAAUAACGGAAUAUUUAUGUGAACCAUUGCGAAAAUGCAUGAAGGAUGAGGAUCCAUACGUUCGCAAGACUGCAGCAGUCUGCGUAGCAAAAUUGCAUGAUAUCAACGCAUCACUUGUGGAGGAUCAAGGAUUCGUCGAGUUACUUAAUGAUUUGCUGAGUGAUUCAAAUCCUAUGGUAGUAGCAAAUGCAGUAGCAGCGUUAGCAGAAAUCAAUGAAUCACACGUCCUUAUCGAGAUCAACUCACAAACCAUAAAUAAGUUACUAACAGCAUUAAAUGAAUGCACGGAAUGGGGACAAGUGUUUAUUCUGGAUGCUCUUUCAUCAUAUCAACCAAAAGAUGAACGUGAAGCACAAAACAUCUGUGAGCGUAUAAGUCCUCGUCUAGCUCAUGCAAAUGCUGCCGUUGUUUUGUCAACUGUGAAAGUUCUCAUGAAAUUAGUGGAAAUGCUACCAGAAAGUUCAGAAUUCAUUGGACAGUUAACAAAGAAACUUGCACCACCAAUGGUUACACUGCUCUCUGCUGAACCUGAAAUUCAGUAUGUAGCAUUGCGGAAUAUCAAUUUGAUAGUGCAGAAAAGACCAGAAAUAUUGAAACAAGAAAUGAAGGUGUUCUUCGUGAAAUACAACGAUCCAAUCUAUGUAAAAAUGGAGAAGCUUGAUAUCAUGAUUCGUCUUGCACAGCAAAAUAAUAUCAACCAAGUAUUAAGCGAGCUGAAAGAGUAUGCGACAGAAGUGGAUGUUGAUUUUGUGAGAAAAGCAGUUCGUGCAAUCGGUCGUUGUGCAAUUAAAGUAGAGCAAAGUGCUGAGAAAUGUGUUAGCACACUGUUGGAUUUAAUUCAAACUAAAGUGAAUUAUGUUGUUCAGGAAGCUGUUGUUGUUAUUAAGGACAUUUUUCGUAAAUAUCCAAAUAAAUAUGAGAGUAUAAUUUCUACGCUUUGUGAAAACUUGGAUACAUUGGAUGAACCGGAAGCUCGUGCAUCGAUGAUUUGGAUAAUUGGAGAGUAUGCCGAGCGUAUAGAUAAUGCGGAUGAACUACUAGAAUCUUUUGUUGAAGGUUUUCAUGAUGAAAAUACGCAGGUUCAACUGCAGCUUCUUACGGCGGUAGUUAAGCUAUUUUUGAAACGGCCGAGUGAAACACAACAGCUUGUUCAGCGAGUAUUAUCUUUGACAACUCAAGAUAGUGAUAAUCCAGAUUUGCGUGAUCGUGGAUAUAUUUAUUGGCGUCUAUUAAGUGCUGAUCCUGCUGCUGCAAAAGAGGUGGUGCUAGCUGAAAAACCUCUUAUUUCGGAGGAAACAGAUUUGCUGGAGCCAUCAUUGUUGGAUCAACUUGUUUGUCACAUUGGUUCACUAGCAUCUGUGUACCAUAAACCACCAUCAUCUUUCGUUGAUAUCACAAAGCAUCCUCUAAAGACCACAAAUGCUACAACAGGAACAACUCAUCAUGCUAUGGCAGAAGCUGGUGAUUCGACGAAUCGACCAAGUGUUACAACGGAUACAGCACAAGCGCCAACAGUAAUACCAUCUCAGGAUACAUUAAUUGCUAAUCUUUUAUCGCUUGAUUUGUCGGUACCAACUACUGGUGCCACUGCACAUGGUAUGGACUCGUAUCAACCAGCACCGAUGUCUUCCGGUCUGGAUGACUUGUUAGGUCUUGGAUCUGAUGGAUUGCUCGGUGAUAUUGGCGGGACAAGUUCAUCACCUACAAUACCAGCUCAAGCAUCACUUCCUCAGACAAAUACUGGAGGGAUUUUUGGUGCUCCCGCACCAGUAUCUAUCCCUCCUGCACCUACAUUUCCUUUUGCGCAGACAGCAGUUCCAUCAACCGGUUUACCAUCAUCGGCUCCAAUCACUACUGCCGUUUCCAAUCCAUUUACCAAUUUGAAUGACCUUUUUGGUGGACCUGUAAUGGGUGCGCCACUUCUCUCUGGUCAAACGGGAUAUGUAGCGCCAAAAACUGUUUGGUUGGAGGCUAGUAAAGGUAAGGGCACACAAAUUGAAGGAACUUUCGUUCGUCGUGGUGGACAAAUUUACAUGGAUAUGGUCUUUACGAACCGCGCAAUGCAGCCUUUUAGUGGAUUUGCUAUUCAAUUUAACAAGAAUUCGUUUGGUUUAAUUCCAGCGCAACCACUUCAAAUAAGUUCACCACUUUACCCUAAUCAAUCAGUACAGACAUCACUUCCAUGCCAUACAAAUGGUCCAGUGCAGAAAAUGGAACCUCUUACUAAUUUACAGGUGGCUAUAAAAAAUGAUGUUGGUGUGUUCUACUUUGCCACCAUCGUACCGUUAAACAUGUAUUUUGAUGAAAGUGGUCAGAUGGAUAAGCGAGAUUUCUUACAAAUGUGGAAAGAAAUACCGGAACAGAAUGAAGUACAAUUUGCCAUCAAUAAUGUUAAAGGUCUUAGUGCAGAUGACAUAUGUACUAAGUUGCAACAAAAUAAUGUAUUCACAGUUGCUCGUCGAAAUGUAGAAGGACAAGAAUUACUUUAUCAUUCAAUUAAGUAUACCAAUCAGAUCUAUGUUCUUUCGGAGCUAAAAAUGCAGGAAACAUCACAGCCACUUACAUUAUCUUUGAAAUCACGUCAUACUGCAGCAACAGCGAAUAUGAAUGAAAUAUAUCAGCUGAUUAUUUCUUCAUGA